AUGGCCAGCCCUGGCACAAAGGCGUCGUGGCUCUCGCAGCCGAGCGUGAAGAGCGUGCUGGUGUAUCGCAACGGGGACCCUUUCUUCCCGGGGCGCCGCAUUGUCAUCCACGAGAAGAAAGUGUCCAACUUUGAUGUGUUCCUGAAAGAGGUGACGGGCGGGGUGCAGGCGCCCUUUGGAGCAGUGCGAAACAUCUAUACCCCCCGGGGUGGGCAUCGUGUCCGGCAGCUGGACGAGCUCCAGAGCGGGGAGCAGUACGUGGCUGGUGGCAGGGAGGCCUUCAAGAAGCUCAACUAUUUGGACAUUGGAGAAACAAAGAAAAAACCUGUUGAAGUCAAUAAUGAGCAGUCAACACUGGAAGAUGUCAAGCCAGUUACUCACAGUAGGAUCACCGUGUCAGCGCGGUUUCGAAAGCCUCUCCAGGAGCCCUACACUAUUUUCCUGAUUGCUAAUGGAGACCUUAUUAGCCCUGCAGUGCGCCUCCUCAUUCCCAGGAAAACACUGAAUCACUGGGACCAUAUUCUUGAAAUGGUGACAGGAAAAGUUACCCUCAGAAGUGGAGCUGUUCACAGACUCUACACUCUAGAUGGAAAACUUGUUCAGAAUGGGUCAGACUUGGAGAAUGGGCAAAUUUAUGUUGCAGUGGGUAGAGAAAAGUUUAAGAAAUUGCCAUAUGGUGAUCUGCUGUCCAAAGCUACAAUGAAAAGGCCACAGGGUUCCAAAACCUCUGUACUACCUCCAAUUGUGGGAUCUCGAAAGUCUAAAGGCAGUGGAAAUGAUGGGCAGUCUAAAUCUACAAUUGGAUCUCAUGACCAGGGAGAAUACAGUUCCUCGCCUCAGCUGCCCAAAAGGAAAGACAAAAAAAGCCAGAAUUCAGAGAAUUCUGUGUCCAGACGACACUUUUCUAACCACUCUACAAAAGUAAAACAGACAGUAAAAGCUUCCACAGGAGUCCUUCAGGAUAAUGGUGAAGACAUUUACAAAGCCAGAGAAGAGGGGUCUGAAAUGUGGGGGGCAGUUGAAGUGCAAGAAGAUGAAGAUACUCUUGUGGAAGUUCCACUGGACCAGAGGCCAGCAGAAACUGUAGAUGAAGAAGAAAAUGUAGAAGAGGAAGAUGACAGGGGAGAGGAGGCAUAUAAAGGAGAGUAUCCAGAAGUGAAUGGAGAAGAAAGUGGGGAAACUGUUAAAGAAAGAAUUGACAUGGAAAAAAACGAAAAGAAAUUAAAUGAAAAUUAUGAAGAUGAAGCAGGAGAAACAGAGAAUGUUGACCAAGCAGAGGAAAAGGAACUUAUCCAUUUAAAUGGCAAAAACAAUGAAGGAAAUGGUGAGGGAAUGGAACAUUUGAACUACCAAGGUGUUCUUCAGCCUGAAGAAGAAAUAAAAGAGGAUUCUGGCAGUCAGAACCAGGCUGAUCCUGGUCUUGAAAAAGCAUCCACAAGUCCAAGGGUGACAAUCACCAGCCCACAAGAAAGUGAAAAGAACGACCAGAGCAAUGACUAUGCAGCAGUUGCAUAA